CAAUAGAAACAUUUCAUGCCCGUUUUCCUGGUUUCACAACAUACGUCAGGGAACCAAUUUCAAGUGAGACGUAGAAAGACCCUCAAAUCCCAAUCUCUGGCCCAAUCUGGACCUGGAGCUCAAUCCGGACCUCAAUCAUCGACGACAGCGUCAUGCCCUCAAAGCAGAACGAUAUGCAGGCCUUGGGUGAGCCUGAAGGUUUAGCCGCUUUGGUGGACGGUCUUCAACACGGCCUCAAACUCCAUGAACAGGAUCAUCAAGAGUGUGACUCUGGGAAGAAGGUGGUCCCUCGGGAAUCUUCCGAGACCGAAGAGGAGGAAUCGAUUUGCCCUUUGAGUGGGAUGGGCGGCUCAGCUCAUUUGACGGGUGGACGGCGGGCGGGACUCUGUGGGCCCGAUGAUUCCGAGGAUGAGAACGGAGAAGAGGAGGACGAUGAUGAGGAAGAAGAGUCCAUCCAAUCCUUGUCUUCGGGAGGACAAAUCCGUAACCCUGAAUGCUCGCCUGAUGCCCGAAAAGGAGGGGAUCAUGGUUUGUAUACUUCCAAAGGACCUGUGCGUCGUGGUGGAGUAGAACAGCGCCCACAUCAAUUGGGACCCUAUGGACGAACAGGACCCGUGGGGAGUCAGCCCACCUCGGUCUCUCAGGCACACAAGGACAAAGAGGAUGAUGAUUUUGAUUUGAUUUCAAUCGGAGCUUUUCUUGACGAGAUUUAUCCGGAAUUGAGCUUGGCCCAGAGCUCUCCCACGGAUUCGCCCAAAAGCUUGCAUGGUUCUAGCGUCAUUCCAGUCAUGGACAUGUUGGAUGGGGCAUUUGACAGUGGCAAAUCCCGCAUAUUGAUCAAGCAUGAUCAAGAACCGUCAGGGUUUCGGGCCAUUCCCACGACCCUGUCUUUUGUGGUCGAUGAGAGUCAUCGUCGAUUGGGUAUUAACAUCCCACGCCAAGCCGUUCCAUUCGACGGAAUGCCCAAAAAUUUGAGAAAUGGACAAAAGCUAGAGAUUUGUCUCCAACUGGACCCCCGCGUUCCCAAAAUCAUCAAGGUGAAGGUACACGUGGAAGAGUCUUUGGACGAUUUGGGCACCCCAAAUUGGGUUAUUCGAUCCCAAUUUCUUAGACUUCAACCAUUUAUGGGUCAAAGUGGUUUGGAUAUUUUGCUCCACGGCGUCGACUCCUCCCAAAUUGAACGCGCCAACAAUAUUUUGGCGGGUACCUCCGACCAGGAACUUCUGAAAACGCAUGGACCCAACAAAGACACAAUCUUGAUGAUCCUAUGCAUGCAAAAAGAUUCUCCCCGAACACGGUCCGAGAUUUUGGCCGUUACUAGAAAAAUCUUGGGUUCGACCGACCCCAAAGUGCGGGCCAACAUUUUGGCCACUAACGAAAUUGGAUCCAAUGCUUUUGAAUGUGCGUUAUUGAGAAACAAGCCCGAGGUGGCUCGGUACUUGGCCGAGAUUUUUUAUGAUCUUGGUGUGGAUCUAGUUCAACUCAGGGACGUAGGCAAGAACACGGUACUCCAUGUUUUGGCUCGCCGAGGCGAUGACACGGCUCCCGCCCUUCAAACAUUGCUGGAGCUUCGAUUCCACGGUAAUCGACGGGUGUUCCCGUCAAACUUGGCCAAUCUCAAAGGCGAGUUGCCAAUUCAUCUCGUGGCUCGGAAUGAAAAAUGCCAUUUGCGAACCAUCCAACUUCUCGCCCAGGAUCUGCCCACCUGUUUCACUACCCCCUCCUCUAAUGGAGGUGCUUUACCUCUGCACUAUGCUUGCCAAUAUUCGAAGGAUCCAAACCUAUUGACAGCCCUGCUUCAUUUCAAUAAGGACCUGGUCAAUGUCCGGAGAGAUGAUGGUUGUACCCCCUUACACCUGGUAGCUUGCCGCUCAGAUCAAGAAAGUGUGGCCGAUGGUUUGGUGGCAUUGGAUGAAGACGCUCAAAUUCGAAUGGUAAGAACUCUCUUGGAAAUGGGAGCAGAUGCCACCUUGAAAGUUGAUGGCUUUUUGCCAUAUGAUCUUGUGGAUGAGCGAACAAGAGUGAGGAUGCUCUUGAAAACUGGUCGUCGAAACGAUAGCGGGGGUAGCCAACACCAUUCACCGACGUCUCGUUCCCCUCCCAAUGAGUUUUUCCCAGCUUCCCGCGUUCAGCAAAUGUCUCCCGGGAUGAUGAGCCCUUCAGCUACCUCAGGCAUUGGUUCGGAUCUAAGCAGCCCCUACUCUCAACACCACAGCCCUCCCAAUUCUGACGGCUACACGAGCAGUUUGGAUCAAGGCAAUCGAGGCUUUUACUCCCCAAUGAGUGCGGGAAAUCAGGGGGGGCCAGGGUCCGUUUCGAGUGGAAGUGCGGGGCAAGAGAGCUCAGGCUCUGAUUCAGAGGAAGGAAACAACAACUUGGACGCCAUUGCUGAGGCGAUUUAUCAGCAGUUCCCUUCGAUCCAAGAGAUCAUGAAUGCGGAUCCCGAGCUCAAUAACUGAUUAUAAACUUCAAUAAGUAACGCGUAUGUUUUGCGCUCCUAUCUUUGAAUGGAAAAGGGUUCGUUGUGUGUCGACAUUUUUGACCCUAAAACUGGUAAUUGUAACCCACUUGAAAACCCGUUUGUCAUGCAUGGAUUGAGUGGAAAUCAAGUCUCCCUUUUCUUUGUGGAAUGUGAUAUUACGAAAAAUAAUUGAUUGGUAAACCUUUUGAUCGAAAACUAUAUCAAAAUCGUUGGAAAUGCGAACUAUUUUCUUUUUUGCUUAUGUGUUGAUGUUUUCAAAAAUCUCUUUGUAAUAAAACAUAUCAGGAACCGAAAUAAUAAAUGAAUGUUUCAAUUGGCUACAA